AUGUUAUGCUUAUUUAUUAUUAUUUAUGAUAAAACAUGUCAUACAGUUCCAAUGAUGCUUGUUGCUAAUUCAUGUUUAUCUGCAAUUUUAUUUGGAACUAUUAUAUUUAGUAUUCGUUUAUAUACACUUAAAAAUGAUUGGAAAACAAUUGUAUAUAAAGAUUCAUUUUGUAGUUUUCGAGGAUAUAUAGGUUAUGCUGCAUGUUCAAUACAAAAUUUUUCUUAUUUAUUACAAUCUAUUUAUCGAUAUAUUAUUGUUAUUUAUCCAAAUCGUUUAUUUUUUCAAUCAAUAAGAUUUCAAUUAUUUCUCAUUUCUUGUACAUGGAUCUUUGGUUUUAUAUAUCCGAUUGCAUUUCUUUUUACUGAUCAAAUCAUAUAUAAUAUUAAUAAUCAAAUAUGUCAACUUCCUCUUCAACUUUCUUUCUCUGUGAUAUUUAUAGCUAGUUGGGCAUAUAUAAUUCCUGUCUCAUUAACAAUGUUUAUUUAUUUUAACUUACUUCGAUAUGUUAAAGAAAUUAGUAAACGUGUAAUAUCAGUGAAUAGAUUAUCUCGUGUAAAAAGAGAAUUAAAAAUGGUUCGACGUAUAGUUGUACUUGUGAUGAUAUUAUUUACACUCUGUUUUCCAUAUACAAUGUUUAUUUUCCUAUCGUUUUUCACUGAUCCACCAAAAUAUCAUUUUCGUAUUGCAUAUAUAUUUAUCGAUGUAUCAUUUCUUUUUGUAAUUAUUGCUUUAUUUCAGUCUACAGAUCCACUUAAAAAAUCUGUGAUGAACAAGAUAAAUAAACGUCCGAAUAGGAUAUUACCAACAGUGGCAUAA